AUGUUAAUCUAUCUGUUUACGGCUGCCUUUAUUUAUUAUACUAUAUGGAUUCUAAUAAUGCCCUUUGUUGACGGGAUGAACCCAACCCAGAAGUUCUUCUUAGAUCGUGAAUGGGCUAUCGUUGUACCAGUAUCAUUAAUGCUGUUUGGAAUUUGCCUUGUUGGGACAUUCAUUUCAUUAGUGAUGAUCAAGUCGCAAAGAAAGACUCACAAGACGUAA